UUUCCCCCACGUUUCCUGAGUCACGUAUCGUAUAGCAUGCAGCCUGGCUUGUGGCUGUUUGAGUCAAUGAGUUCGAGUUCUUCAUGCGUUUAACAAGAAAGGGUACAGCGCUCGCCUGAUGGUGUUGUUUCCAGGUCCUCGGGGGAACCAUGGUGAAACACUUCCUGUGCUGCAGCGUUCUCAAGAGCUCCUGGGACCAAGUGCUCGUUGCCUUCUGGCAGAGAUACCCGAACCCCUACAGUAACCAUGUCCUGACUGAGGACAUUGUUUUUCGGGAAGUCACCUCAGACAACCGCCUAAUCUCGAGACGUCUACUAACCAAGACAAGUCGGGUUCCCCGCUGGGCAGAGCGGUACCUCCCCGCACAUGUGGCCCGCUCGGCCUACAUCAUUGAAGACUCCAUCGUGGAACCGGAGUGUCGGACCAUGACCACGGUCACGUGGAACAUCAGUCACGCACGCCUUAUGUCGGUGGAAGAAAGGUGUGUGUACAGGGUGAACCCGGACAAUGGCGACUGGACGGAGAUAAAGAGAGAGGCCUGGAUCUCUUCCAAGCUGUAUGGCCUGUCUAGAGCUAUUCAGGAGUUUGGCCUUGCAAGGUUUAAGGCCAGCGUCACAAAGACCAUGAAAGGAUUUGAAUACAUCCUGGCUAGAAUGCAAGGUGACACAGCCCCAAGGACCCUGGCAGAGACAGCCAAAGAAGCGACAGGGAAGGCCAGGGAGACAGCACUGGCUGCGACGGAAAAGGCCAAAGGCUUGGCGUCACACGCCCAGAAGAAGCACUACGUGUGAGAUGCCAGGAGCAGGACUCCGCCUCCAACAUGCUGCACCUGGAGUCUGAGUCCCAGGGAAGAUUGUAUCCAGCCUGGCCCAUUUCUCACUCCUGAGCCUUGACAUUGUCAUACCCCAACUGUCUUCACCACAAGAGACCAUUUCCUCUUUGGAGUCAUACCUUUCCACUUCCUGUAUCAGUGGGACACAUGUGUGAUGUUAAUUUACCCAAGUAGUGUUUUUAAAUUAUUAAUCUAUUUCAAUCCUGUUUGUUUACUUAAAAAAAUUGACUUAUCACUGAAAUGCUGGUGUAAUUACUUCCUUUUGUUCCAUUACAAAAUCCAUUGCUUCAGAUUGGACCAAAUGAAUUCUAACUUCAUUUUUUUUGAAGUCAUAGCUUUCUAGAUACAUGGUGCAGGUUCUGCUUUUGUCAGGAUGUUCCCAACUAUGCACUACUCGAGUGUAUCAAAUGAGAGAUUCGUUUUGCUCAAUAUUGGUACUAGUUGAAAUGCUUAAGAAGAACUGAAACUGUAGGAAAUUAAAGAUUUUCUGUUUUGUUCCA